AAAAAAGUAAAAAAAUGUGGGUAAACCGGAACUAAACCUCGAAGUAAACAUAAUUUUAUGAUAGCAAUUUUAUUAAAUAUGAUCAAUAUGCUCCGAAUCCUUCAGCCAAGUUCAAAGUACGUAAAGGGAUUUAAAGUACAGUGCUGUUCAUGUCGUACUUCCACAACCAUUGCAGAUGCCAGAAACGAACCACCGCUAUCACCGGAUGUUAAACCAUUCAAUCAAGUCCCUGGACCUCGAGGACUUUACAAUAUACCUUACCUUGGCGUGGCAUUGCAUUUUAAACCUUUUAGUAAAUAUCAACCAGGUGAUGUCAAUAUCGUACUUGACAACUUCAAACAAAAAUACGGGGAUAUAUAUAAGAUAAAAUUUGGACCAAAUAACAUGGUGAUCGUUAGUCAUCCAGACUAUGCUAAAACAGUUCUUCAAGCACAUUAUGAGCAGCAUAAAAAGAUCGAUUUUGACAUCAGCACCAUUUUUCACGACAGAACUAAAACCACAAGGGGAAUGGUUUUACUAAAUGGACAAGAAUGGGCAGAACGAAGAAAACCAGCACAGGAGAAAAUGUUACGUCCCGCCGUUGUCGCCAGUUAUGUCCCCUUGAUUGAAUCGGUAACAGACGAUUUCAUAAAUGUGUUACGGAAGAAAACAGAAGUUAAUGAUCUUCUGUGGGAACUUCUUAACUACACAACUGAAAGUGUAGGGAUGUUGACUCUUAACAAAAGACUAGGCUGCUUAGAUACCGAUAAGAACAAUCCUGCUGUUGUUGCAUCAAUUAUCAGAAAUGUACUGGAUAUGUUCCAAGAAGCAAUGUUUAUGCCAUUUAAAUCUUACUUGUAUUUUAGAACACCAUUUUAUAAACGAUUCGAGGAAGAAAUGUUAAAAUUUGGCGACAUAGUUAAUGCGGAACUAGCAUUACAGAAAGAUUUUCUGACAAAAUUACAACAUGAAGGUAAACUGGAUGAAUAUCUGGAAAAAGAACCGAACUUUAUGUACUCUUUACUUUCUGAUAGUAGAGUAACAGAUGAUCAAGUAAAUAGUAUUGUUAUGGACCUAUUUGGUGCUGGUAUUGACUCGAGUGCUAACACACUGGUGUUUUUAUUAUAUCAAUUAGCUGUCAACCAGGAUAAGCAAGCUAAACUGUUUGAAGAAAUAGAACAAGUUGUUUGCUAUAGCCCAACAUUGACAAAGGAACACCUUGCUAGCAUGUCGUACAUGAAAGCUUGUCUAAAGGAAUCUCAUAGGGUGAUUUUUCCAACCUCAGCAGGAUUAGCACGUGUUAUAGAAUCUGAUUUAGUCAUUGGAGGAUAUCGGUUUCCUAAGGAUACACUGAUGAUCAUUAAUAUGAGCUCUAUGUCAGCAGACGAUCGUUUUUUCUCACAACCGACCGAGUUUCUUCCAGAGAGAUGGCUGCGGAAUACAACUGAUGAACUAGCAAAGAGCAAGGAAUUUCCAUUUGCACACAAGCCGUUUGGUUUUGGUCCAAGAUCGUGCAUUGGUCAAAGAUUUGCUGAGAAUGAAAUUUUCAUUUGUCUUACAAAGAUUAUUCAGCACUUUAAAGUAUCGGUUCCAACAGACACGCAUGAUAUGAAAACAACCGUUCAGCUAUUUACAACACCUGUCGACAAGGUCAAGAUGACAUUUACACAAAGGGAGAAAAUGUAGUUGUUCUACAUACAUGUCCACAUGCAGUUUUAAAAAAAUGUGUAUAGUACUGUAUUUAAAGUAUCGUCAUUCAACAUGUUCAAUGUUUCAUAACUUGUGGUCAAUUAUAACAUAAACAUAUGGGCGGGAGUUUGUCGUUUUUUUGUUUAAUUAUUUUACCAGCUUUAACUAAGGUAGUGACAAUAUAUUCAAAUUUUCAAAAUUUCAAAGAGAGGCGAAGGAUACCAAAGGGACAUUCAAACUCAUAAGUCGAAAAUAAACUGACCACGCCUUGACUAAAAAAAAAGACAAACAAACAAACAACAGUACACAAAACACAACAUAAAAAACCAAAGACUGAGCAACACGAACCCCACCAAAACCUGGGGGUGAUCUCAGGUGCUCCGUGUUCAUUGUCACCAACGUAAGAGAGGUCUUUGAAAAUAAAGUCAUACUUGUGACUAUUGAGACGUUAAACAAUCAACUUCUGAAGCUUAGCUUUGUGAUGUCGUAACGCCGUUACGCCAAACAAAUAUUUUUGUUAUCAUAUUUUGCCGUGUAUCAACUGCAAGAAAAGACAAAUGCUUCAUGAAUCUAUUGUUACAAAGAAAUCAACUUUUAGCUGCAGAACACACUAAUUGAUUACGCGCGGAAUCAUGUUGUUGAAUUGUUUGUGUGAAUAAAAAAAUCCUAGAGUACACCACGAAAUUAGUCUUCGUGCUAGAGAAACGAGAUCAAGAAUAUUAAAACCAUUUCUUAUUCAUUGUCUAAGAUUUUACAUAGAAUAGUGUCUAGAAUUUUUUUUAAUCGUAAAACCUUUUUUAUGUGGAUACUUUAAAA